UUCAAUGUGGCACAUGCCCUGGAGAAGGUUAACGAGGGGUUGUUGAUGGCAACGCAGCUAUCUCUGUCCCUCCCAGUGGACGAUGGCGUUCUCAGACAGACCAAGGAGCUCAUUGAGAGUUUCAGCCAAUAUCUUCCCCUACUGGGCAAGCUCAGCAGCCCAGUGUUCAAGCAAAAGCACUGGAGAAUCCUCUUCAGAGGUAUGGAGUUGGUGUAUGAGCCUGUAAUCAAUAUGUCAGUCUCAGACCUGCUCUCCAAAAACCUGCUAGAGCACCAGGACCUAAUCAUUAAGACCUGGCAGGAAGGGAAAGCAGAGUUUGACAUGGAGCAGGUCUUUAGGAAGUUACAGAGGAGAUGGGAAGGAGAGGAGUUCAGAUUGGCCAAUUUCAUCCUUACAGAGAUCCAUAAGGACUUGCCCCCUGACCGCUCCAAGCGACCCCCCAGUGGAAAAUUUCGGCAACCAGAGCAGGGGAGACGCUCACGGGACACUGGCACCUUCACAAUCAUUGGUUCAGAGGAUCUCCGGACUCUGAUUGAGGACUGUGUCAUGACGCUCUCUAUCAUGACGUCAUCCCCUUACAUCUCUGAGUUCAGGCAGGAAGUGGAAAACUGGGAGCAGCUACUUCAGCAAUUGGAGGAGCUACUGUAUCUGUGGGAAAAAUUCCAACUAAAAUGGGUUUUCCUGAACAGAGUGUUUUAUGAGAUGGAAGUCGGUGUUGAGAAGCCAGAACUG